AAAGUAAGAGCCAUUUACAAAUCGUACUGAAUAUUGUACAAAACGUGUUGGCUCAUUCUUUUGAAGUUUUCAUGUGUUGUCAAAAAUUUACGUUUUGCUUAACUUAAUUGAUCGACCACCUUGCUAGCUCAAAUCGUUCACAAUUUAAUAAACACAAAUAGUAUAUGGUAACCACAAGUCAUUUUGAAUUUCUUUGACUUGAUUGUGUGGAAUGUCUCGAGAGCACGGAUACAAGUACUUAUCUGAUGGUAUACGGAAGGUAGACUAUGUGCUGAUUCACACGGAUGUUGACGAAAACCCGGAAGAUGAAAACGUCGAGGAGUCGACACGUGAACUCUUUGAAUCUGAUGAGAUCCAAAAGGCACGGCAGUAUCGAGAGACGUUCGUGGACGCCCUGACUAAGAACGGGGACCUUGACAUGGAGCAAGUGAGGUUGCCAAAUGCGGAAUACAUCUGCACUUUGUUCCACCUUCCGCCCCAAACUGCGUUCAGAAUGGCAGAGAAAACGAAGUUGUUAUGUCCACUUGCAGUUGAUAUGGGUACUUCGGUGGAUACUGAUUCCUUCGAGGUCUCACAAAAGGUGGCGGACUGGUGUCAAAGCAAGGUUAGUGACAAUCUACCGUUUGAAAUUGAGGAGACAUUCCAGGCACCAUUUGACAUGCGAGAUAUGACGAAGUUUUUGAAUCACGAUGAUCCGGACAGGUUCUUGACGCCCACUAAUAGGAGUUUUCUGGUGUACAAGAUAAUGGAAGGUACAGCCUAUGGGGAUAGACACAAAGGAAAGGUAGGCAUAAAACGAAUGAUUAAUGACGGCCACUUCAGUGGUGCAUUCGCACUGCACUCGGGACCCCUGCAGCCCAUGGGGUCCGACAACCUGAGAAGUGUGCUUCGAACAUACUGGGCGAACGGUUGGAAGUUAUGGAAAAGUCAACCCCUGGACCACGUCAAACUGUACUUCGGAUCCAACAUCGCCUUCUACUUUCUCUGGCUGGGAUUCUAUACUCGUAUGAUGAUCUGGCUAGCGCUUUUUGGAUUUCUGAUCUUCGCGUAUUCCAUCAUCUCACUCCCUGCUGAUCCUCAGAUUGACUUCAUCUGCAACAGCAAUCUGACAAUGUGUCCACUAUGUGACCAAUGCGAACCCUAUCCAUUAUCAAACAACUGCAUCUACUCCUAUGUGUCGCACAUCGCAGAUAAUAAUGCAAUUGUAGUAUACGCCUUCAUUGUGGGCAUCUGGGCACUUCUGUUCUGUAAAUUGUGGAAGCGAACUCAGGCAGCGUACGCGUUCAAGUGGAAUGUUUAUGAGCUGGACGAGGAGUAUGGAAACAUCCGGCCCCAGUACGCGGCUUUGGCUACCCGAACUUGGAUCAACCCGAUUACAAACCAGAAGGAACCUCAUUUCCCGAGGUGGCUGAAAACUCUGCGAACUCUUUCUGCUUUCAGCGUCAUAUCUCUCAUGGUGAUUGUCGUGAUCACUUUCAUCGUCAUGUGCAUAUUCUACCGGGUGUUCAUAGCGUCCGUGUUCAAGAACAUGUCUCUGAUCCAGCCGACAAUGAUGGCUAGUUUCACAGCGGCUAUUAUCAAUUUAAUCUUCAUCAUGAUCUGUAACCUGGUCUACGAUCAGUUGGCGACUAAACUGACCGACUGGGAAAUGCACAGGACGGAAGAGGAGUAUGACGACUCCUUGACCUUGAAGUCUUACGUGCUGCAGUUCGUCAACUACUACAGCUCAAUAGUAUACAUCGGAUUCUUCAAAGGAAAGUUUGCUGGAACUCCAGGAGAGCACAAAAUGGUGCUUGGAACAAGACCGGAACAGUGCACAGGGAGUUGCAUGGUAGAGCUAGCUAUCCAACUGACUGUGAUCAUGAUUGGAAACCAGCUGCUCAACAAUGUCAUGGAGUUUGCGAAGCCCUUGAUGUUGUCUAUGUGGAGCAAAUUCAGUGCCGGAAGGAAAAGCAAAAAUAGCAGAAGUUCAUCUGUGAACACUGAAGAUGGCAUCAACCUGCUGGAAGAGGGAGUGUUCAAGCCAGACUUUUACGGUCUGUUCGGGGAGUACCUGGAGAUGGUCAUCCAGUUCGGAUUCUGCACCAUCUUCGUCAUCGCACUCCCGCUUGCCCCUCUGUUCGCCUUGCUGAAUAACAUCGCCGAGAUCAGAAUCGAUGCAAACAAACUGCUCGCGCAGACGCGUCGUCCUGUGACGAAAGUCGUCAAGGACAUUGGAGCUUGGCAAUACAUUCUGGAGACAGUGAGCAUUAUCGCCGUGGUGGCCAACGGCUGUCUCAUCGCAUUUACAUCAGAUUUCAUCCCCCGAGUCAUCUACGAACACCAGAACCAUGGAUCUAUGGACGGGUUCUACAGCAAGAACCUCGUGGCCUACAACAUGACCGGAGACUAUGCGAACACGACUUGCUACUACAAACACGACGUCUACGCCGACAGGUCCUCAGAUUCGAUGGACAAGUCUGACUGGGAGGUCCUGUUCGGAAGGAUGGCAUUCCUCGUCAUAUUCGAACACGUGCUCCUGUUCGUCGCGUUCCUCAUCGAGGUCGGAAUAGACGACGAGCCACAGUCGUUGACGUUGAAAUUGAAGCGAAGGAAGUACAUGCAGUCUAAGCAUCUGAAACAUCACUGAAAUUUCAUGGACCAGAGAAACCUCAAAACUAGAACAUGUUCUCAAAAGUCAUUUCAGCAAAAACAUAUAAAAAAGUUGCGACGAAUAUACAGUCAGUGUACGGCGGAGCUUAAAAAGUAAAAGCAAGAUUUGAUAACAGUAUUUCCAACCCCAUGCUCGCUGCAGAUUGUGUUCUCUGUGUGCUACCAUCCACCACCUGAGCUAUUAUUAUUCUGUUCGACUAUUUGAGAAAAUGGUUGAGGCUAAAUGUCUUCUUGUGAGAUACUAUCUUUUAGUGCUUUAAUCUUAGACUUCCAUUCUACCGCCAUUUAUUGCUUGCGUCAGCAUAACAUUUAAAAACCCUGUUGCAAUCUGACAAAUUGUUAAGAGCAUGAUUUACUAAUACCAUUUUGCUGUACUUAGGAUGAGCGGUGUUUGAAAAUCAUGAUGAAACGCUAGCGAAGAUAUUGUAGACUGCGCUGAUUGAAAUUUAUGUAAAUACUGAAUACAUCAAAUCAGUUCUAAUCUAUUUUAUCUUCCUUUCAUCCAGUGAAAAUGAAUUAAACAAUAAUUCUCAAUUUUUGAAGUUCUACAUCUAUGCGUUGUAUAAAUUAACAAAAGGAAAUUUGUAUAUACUUUAAUAAAGUUUCAAUUUA